AUUCGGGAAAUGUCAGCGCCGAAGACAGAGAAGUUAGGAACUCUGAUCGAUUUUGGUGUCGCAGUCCAGAACAUGUGUGCAACGAUCGUAGCCUGUGGAUUGAACGAGCAUCUUUACAACGUGGCACUUCUUCAAGAACUUGUCGAGAGACUGCCACCUACCGUGAAGCUGGACUGGGCCAAAUAUCGUCAAACAUUAAGGGCGGCUACUUUGGAGGCCUUCAGCAAAUGGCUUGAAACGCUCGUGGAAGCAGCCUGUAUAGUAACGAUUCCGUCAACGGUCAGCGUGUAUGCCGGCAAAUCUGAGAGACGCGUACGGAAGGAGGAAGUUCACGUUCACAUCCAAUCCGGUUCCAGUCAGGUAGCAACAGAGUCGUCGAGCUCUACAGCGUUUCCCAAAAAUGGGUCGAAGUCAGCAGCGACGAAGCAAUGUGUGGUGUGCCAAGGAGGGUGUAGCAGUGUGGGAUUCUGUAGUAAAUUCCAAAGAUUGGAUGUCGGAGCAAGAUGGACAGCGCUGAAGCAGAACAAGUUGUGUCGAAAGUGCCUGGCGAAGCAUUUCGGAGCGUGUGCGGUUGAGCAAGCUUGCGGGAGAAACGGCUGCCCGUAUAUGCAUCACGAGCUACUACAUGACGAUACCCGAUACCGGCGAGCGGAGAGUUCUUCAAUCUCAGAUACCCAGAACGCCGCAGAAACACCUGCCGAACAGUGCAACACUCACGUCAGUUACGCCAGCAAAGUUCUUUUCCGAUACGUUCCAGUUAUCCUUCAUGGACGAGGCAAGUUCGUUCGCACUUUCGCAUUCUUGGACGAAGGCUCGUCGGCGACGUUGAUGGAACACAGUUUGUUGGACGAAUUAAGUCUUGAAGGCGAGUCGUUCCCCUUGUGUCUCGGCUGGACGGGAGAUCAUCAACGUCAGGAGAUGAAAUCCAUAAUGCUAGCGCUGGAGAUUUCUGGAACGCGCGAUGCGGAGAUGUACCGGAUGUCGAAAGUUCACACAGUGGAGAGCCUUUCUCUACCACGGCAGACAUUGAGGAUGGAGGAGCUAGCAUCAGCCUAUCGGCACUUGGAAGGCGUGCCAGCGGAUUCCUAUCGAAAUGUUCAGCCACGAAUACUCAUCGGCAUGGACAACUGCCGCUUGGGUCACGCGUUGGAUAGCAGAGAAGGAGGAAAGAAAGAACCGAUCGCCACCAGAACUCGUCUAGGGUGGAUAGUGUUCGGACCAUGCUCAAAGACAUCUCAUCCAACGACGAACUUCACUGCGCACCACAGCCUUCACGUGUGCCCAUGCUGCGAGCGAAGCGACGUAGAUCUUCAUAAUAUAGUGAAGGCGUAUAUGUCUCUGGACAGCACCGGGGUAACGAGUCCCGUCAAACCGUUGUUAUCGAAAGACGACGAGCGAGCGGAACAGUUACUGAAAUCAUUGACGCAUGUGAAAGGAAAACGGAUAGAAACCGGUCUGCUCUGGCGAUGUGACGAUGUUCGACUGCCUGACAGCAAACCAAUGGCAAUGAAGCGACUAAUCUGCUUGGAGAAGCGUAUGCAGCGAGAUCCUGUGUUGGCUGAGGCGGUGAAGGAAAAGAUUCGGGACUACGAACGAGCCGGCUACAUCGAAAAACUGACGGCAAGCCAACUAGCCGAAAAAUUCGAACGGGUUUGGUAUCUCCCAAUUUUUCCGGUGGUCAACCCUAACAAACCAAACAAGAUGCGCUUAGUGUGGGACGCAGCCGCUAAAGUCUUGGGAGUCAGCCUGAAUUCAUUUCUACUGACAGGGCCGGAUCAAGUAACCUCCUUGGUAUCUGUGCUACAGCGCUUUCGAGAGUUUCGCGUUGCCAUCACGGGCGAUAUUCGAGAAAUGUUUCUCCAGAUCUUGAUGAACCGGCGCGAUCAACAGUGUUUAAGGUUCCUAUGGCGAAACGGUGAACAAGACCGCAACCCAGACGUUUACGUUACGAGAGUAAUGACAUUCGGAGCGACAUGCUCGCCCAGCAGCGCGCAGUAUGUUAAGAACUACAAUGCGCAGCGUUUCCAAGACCAAUUCCCGAGGGCAGCAGAGGCGAUAAUGAAGGAGCAUUAUGUCGACGACAUGCUCUCAAGCGUAGAGACGAAAGAGGAAGCGAUACAGUUGGCGAAAGAUGUGCGACACGUUCAUUCGGAAGCAGGUUUCGAGAUCCGGAACUGGCUGUCGAAUUCGAGUCGAGUGCUGCUGGAGUUGAAGGCGAGUCCCGGUGAGAAAAGUUUGAACCUUUCGAGCGAGAUGGCGACGGAGAAAGUUCUCGGCUUAAGGUGGUGUACAGCGACCGAUACGUUCACCUUCAAGUUAUCGCCGAGGAUCAACGGUGAACUGCUGCGAGGUGACAUCGUCCCAACGAAAAGGCAGAUCCUCAGCACGCUUAUGACGAUCUACGAUCCCCUGGGAUUAAUGGCGCAUUUCCUAAUGUUCCUGAAGAUACUGCUGCAGGAAAUUUGGCGGAGUGGUGUAGGCUGGGACGAGUCUGUCAAGAGCGAACAGCUAGUGAAAUGGCAGACAUGGUUACGGAUACUCCCGCAAGUGGAAUCGGUCAGUGUGCCAAGGUGUUACCGACUGAAGAUGAGCACGGGAGAGCGGAAUACGAUUCAGCUGCACGUGUUCGUGGAUGCGUCGGAGAACGGCUUCGCUGCAGUCGCCUAUCUGCGGUUCGAAGAAAAUGGAAAAGUGGAAUGCGCACUCGUCCGUGCAAAGACAAGAGUAGCCCCGUUGCGUUUUGUGUCGAUUCCCAGACUAGAACUACAAGCCGCAGUCAUUGGAGCCCGCCUAGCGAACGACGUUAUGGAGACUCACAAGAUGAGGCCCACGCAAAGGGUUUUCUGGACGGAUUCACGCAACGUUCUCUGUUGGUUGAACUCCGAUCACCGAAAGUACCAUCAGUUCGUAGCGGUGCGGAUCAGCGAGAUGCUAGAGUUGACGGAGACGACGGAGUGGAACUGGGUUCCGACGAAGCUGAACGUCGCUGACGACGCCACGAAAUGGCAGACGCUGCCGGAUCUAUCUCCUACCAGCCGCUGGUUCCGUGGCCCUGAGUUCCUGUGGGGACCGAAAGAAGGAUGGCCUGUCGUUGUGUCUAAGUUCGAACACACUGCAGAGGAGGAACGGUCACAUGUACUGCAUCACUUCGUCGAACGCGCUCUAUUCCGCUGGGAAAACUUCUCUAGAUGGCAGCGACUCCUGCGGCUAGCAGCCUUUGUCCGUCGAUUUCCGUCGAAUGUACGCCGGAAGCGGUCGAAAAAUCCCCUCGUCAUCGGACCCCUAACGCAAGAAGAACCAAAAAACGCGGAGUUAUUAAUCCUAAAGUCUGUGCAAGAUGCUGAGUUCGCCGAAGAGAAAGCUUUGUUGCAGAAGCCGAUGCCGGUACCGUGGAGGAACGCUUUACCGAAGCGUAGUCCGCUGUACAAGCUCAGUCCGUUCUUAGCGGAAGAUGGACUGCUACGAAUGCAAGGUCGCAUAGAUGAAUGCGCUCAUGUCGAGGAAUGUACGAAGCAUCCGAUACUACUUCCCAAGCGACAUUCAGUCACGGAUCUCAUCAUAGCAAGUGUCCACGAAAAGUUCUGCCACAUAAAUCACCAGACGACGCUUAACGAAAUCCGGCGUCGAUUUCACGUUCCAGGAUUGAGAUCGGUCUACCGGCGUGUCCAAGGCCUUUGCCAGCUCUGCAAGAUUCGCCGAGCGAAGCCAGAGCCCCCGGAGAUGUCUGGUCUAUCGUUCGGACGUUUACAACCCUUCUGUCGUCCUUUCUCCUAUGUCGGCAUCGAUUAUUUCGGACCAAUGCACGUGGUUGUCGGCAGAAGGAUCGAGAAACGAUGGGGUGUACUAAUAACAUGUCUCACUGUCCGAGCGGUACACCUCGAAGUCGCUCACAGUCUUAACACGGACUCGUGCAUCCUGGCCAUUCGAAAUUUCAUCGCCAGAAGAGGUACCCCAGUUCAGAUAGUUAGCGAUCGUGGGACCAACUUCAUAGGAGCAAGUCACGAGCUAAAAGAAGCCCUGCAGAAGGUGAACCAAGACAAGCUGAUGGAACACUUUGUCACCGCUGAUACGAAAUGGACGUUCAACCCGCCCGCGUCGCCACACUUCGGCGGGGCUUGGGAACGUCUCGUUCAAUCCGUGAAGAAAGCCCUGAAGCACCUCCAACUCACUCGCACACCCACUGACGAAAUCCUUAGAAACACCCUGACAGAAGUCGAACUCAUUGUUAACUCUCGGCCUCUGACUGAAUUACCGCUAGACGAUGAGCUUUCCCAAGCGCUCACCCCAAAUCACUUCCUGAUGGGGUCGUCAAACGGUUCUAAGCCCCCGAUCGCGUACGACGAUAGUAACUACGUACUGAAGCACACCUGGAAGACAUCGCAGGUCUACGCCAAUCGAUUUUGGCGACGCUGGGUAGCCGAGUACCUGCCUACGCUCACCCGAAGGACGAAAUGGUUCAGCCGAGCCAAACCGAUUGCUGAAGGGGACAUCGUAGACGAGACGUUGCCAAGGAACUGCUGGCCGAAAGGUCGGAUAGUCCACGCGAUCAGAUCCAAGGACGGGCAAGUCCGUCGUGCACUGGUGCAGACGGCGACCGGAAUUCUGGAGAGGCCAGCCGUGAAGAUUGCGGUGUUGGAUGUUGGCGCUAGCGUGAGUACUUCGGAGCAAUGACCUCGAAGCACUGCGGGGGAGUGUCGCAACCGUAUGUUGCGCCGCACCAACAAACCAACUACAGCGACCUUUACAACAUUUACUUUGUCGAUGCGAAGUACCCCCACCUGCCGUUGCGCUACGGACCGUGGCGAAACGUCAGCGAAACGGGACGGAGGAAGAUCCUCUUGGCAGACGGAAAAGCGGAAACGUGUUCGCCAGUGAGCGUAUAUCAAGCUUAUUAAACUAAUUAAAUAAUCGAAGCUCCUGAAUAAAUAAAUUAACUUACAAGUGCGUCAAAACUUACAACUAAUAGUACGGUAUUGUAAAAACUUAAAUUACUAGUACGGUGCGAAAAAUUGGUACGGUAAAUUUAGUACGGAAAGUUAAAACAUAUAUAGUACGGAAAAAAAUAGUCCUAAAACUAAAACCAUAGGUGCUGCAGACGCUAUGUAGAAGAGAAACAAAUUGCGCUGAACAUCGAACGAUUAUAAUAAGUUUCUACACAUAAAACUCAGGGUUCCGAUCCGAUUUCUAAACAUUUAAAGGACACUAAAACGUAAGUUGCUUAACCUAUCUGCAAUAUAUACAAAACUAUAUACAAUUAAAAUUAAAUUGAAAGCAAUGCAAACAUUACCUUAUAUUAUACAUCUAUUAU